UCUAUUUUUUAAACGUUUAAAUUUGUUUUCAGAUAUAACCUAGGAUUUUGGAAAAUAGUGUUAAUUUGCCAGGUUUAAAACAUGGGAAGACUUAUUCAUAUAAAGAAUGAAGCGGUGUUCAGUACUCGACUUGAAGAGGCAAAAAAGUCGCUCGUUGUUGUUCAUUUCUGGGCCCCAUGGGCUGAGCAAUGUAAACAAAUGAACGAUGUAAUGGAAGAACUUGCAAAGAAAAACACAAAUGUUGUUUUCUUAACAAUAGAAGCUGAAGAACUGCCUGAAGUUUCAGUCAAAUAUGAGAUUGAAGCUGUGCCGACGUUUAUUUUUAUUAAAAACAAACAAAAAAUUGGAAAAUUGAAUGGAGCUCAUGCCCCGGAACUCACUAAAUUGGUUGCACAACACAUCGAUACGAUUGCCCCUCCUACUCCAACCACAACUGACCCCAAAACUGCCCUUAAUAAUAAACUGAAGUCACUCAUCAAUUCAGCUCCUUGUAUAAUGUUUAUGAAGGGAAACCCAAAGGAACCAAAGUGUGGAUUUAGCAGAACUAUGGUUUCGAUACUUAAUGAACAUAAAUGCAAAUAUUCCACUUUUGAUAUCCUACAAGACCAAGAGGUCCGACAAGGACUGAAGGAGUUUUCAAACUGGCCAACUUAUCCUCAGUUAUAUGUAAACGGCGAACUAAUUGGUGGAUUGGAUAUUGUGAAAGAAAUGGUGCAGGAAGGGGAACUAACAAGUGCGUUGCCAACUCAGGACGAAACACAAACUUUAGAACAACAAAUAAAGAAAAUUAUCACUCAAAGCCAUGUAGUCCUGUUCAUGAAGGGUGAACCAGGCGCUCCAAAAUGUGGAUUCAGUCGUCAAAUUGUUCAGAUCCUUAGUGAGGCCGGAGUCACUUACACACAUUUUGAUAUUUUAACCAAUGAAGAUAUAAGGCAGGGAUUGAAGAAAUAUUCGGAUUGGCCUACAUACCCACAACUGUAUGCAGGGGCGGAGUUAAUAGGGGGAUUGGAUAUUGUUAAAGAAAUGGCUCAAGCUGGAGAACUGGCUGAAGCUCUCACUGAAGGGUCAGCAUAGAAAAUGCUUCAGACAGUGGUUCGGAAUCUUAUUAGAUCUAAAUACGUUCAUAUUGGUUUAUGGCUGUCUUAAAUAGGUCUAUGGCCUGAUGAAAAUGUUUUCAUGGCUUAGUUUGGGAACCACUGCUCUAAAACCCAUCUCGUACAAAAGUUCUAUUCUUUAUGUUAACAAUACUGUCACCAAACACACACAAGUUGUAUGUUUUUGUUUAUGUAUAAAAAAGUUCGUUAAUAUUCAUUCAUUCAAUACUGCUACAAAAGUUGGACGAAAGCAUAAAAAAAAACUUGAUAAUGAAAAAUCUACAAAAUUAACUGUGCAUGGUCACUUAUAUCAUAAGUAAGUUCUGAUAUAUUGUCGAAUGGUUCAACAUUAUCAGAUGUUGAUAAGAAGAAGUUAAGAGCUCCGUUUGGUGCUUUGGUCGCUUGAGUAGUUUGGUUGAUGUACUGCCAUCUUUGCUGUGAAAUAUAAGUUUGUUGCUAAUUAAAAGUUCUUCAUUCUA